GACCAUUUUGUAAGGUAAAAAGCAAAAACAAAAAAAGCAUUACACUUGCUUUUCUGUUUACUGGUUUAAAAAAUAAGAACUAUUGAUCCGAAGGUACACGGAUUGAACUGGCACAUUUUGAGUAGUACCCUAAUGCUUAUAAAAUUCGAACAUGAAACGACUGCGAAGAGUGUUUUAGGCAGAGUCAAGGCGGGGGUGGGAGCUUUUGCAUGUCUGCGCCUAUGCCAAGGACCCCAUUGUCCCAUAAACCGCCCAUGGCUGUGUGAAAGCCAAUCCUUUAAUUAAAUAAUACUUUUAAUAUGAGUUCUGAAUAUGACGCAUCCCCUGUUGUAUUUGGCCUGCCAUGUGAUUUUAGCCUGAGAAGACCAGCUGCCUGUCAGGCAUUACUCUGGGUGAAUACAACUAAACUAUUUAAACGCAUGCGCGUUGUGCGCUAAACUGUUCGAAAACAGCAGCGCGAAAAAGUAUGUCAGCUGUUUACAACUACUUGACAAGUUUGCGAUUUUAUUUGUAAAGAUGUGUACGGCAUUUGUGCCUCAACGUUAUACAACUUGUUAUAGGCCAUUGAACUGAAUUAAUACUUGUACGACAAACAAGCUUCUGAUCAUUUUUGUUUCACUAGUGUUCCUUAUUUACGUUAGCUUAGCCCGACGCUAAGUGCGUUACGUUAACGUUGCAUUUACUUUAUAUUCACUUGAUCGUUAACUAAGCUAGCUAACGUUAGCAGAUAUGAAGCCCGUAAGAGGCUCUAAACGGGAUGCAUCAAAAGCACCUACCGGUAACUUGAAAAACAGGAAAAAAACAGAUCAGACGACACAACAACAAGCAGCAGAUAAUCAGGACCCCGAGCCCAGUAAAAAUAACCGUGGCAAGAGCACCCUCCCAAAACCAGCACAGAAGAGGAAAGCUGAAGGCUCCUCUUCAGUCCCUAAAAAAGUCAAAGGUCAGGAAAAUUGGAAGCUGAUGUCAGGAUCCUCCAUAACUGCGAUGGGGAACACAAUGGAUGUGUCAAUACUAACUACUCUUGCAUUGAAAGAGAAGAAAGAGAGCCGGGAACAUCUGAACAUAAUUAAAAAAAGGUUUCUUGCUCAAUGUGCAGAGCUCAAGGUUCCAUUGCAGAAACAAAGCGAUUUGGAACGAUUGUCUCAACGCCACCAGGAGGAGGCCAAGAAGUCAGUGGUUGGAAAGACGACUCUGAGCACUCUGGAGCAAAACUUGAGGGCUGUAGUCCGUGCUCUGGAGAAGACCGACGAGCAGACUGUCUCUUUACAGCACGCAUGCAGUAUGCUGAGAGACCAGGUGGAGGAGGAGGAGGAGAAAGCUAAAGAGAUCUUACAGUUGGCUGAACAAGCAGAUCUCUACCUCCCCUCUCUCCCUCCACAAAAGGAUGGCACAACAUUAGAAGCUCGAUUGAGAAAAAUUAUACCAGACAGUGAGUCUGAAUCCACUGCCCGGAAACUGGGAGAAAUCCUGCAGAAGUCAGAGACCAUUCAGGACGCCCAGGCGCUGCUUCUACAGGCACACAAACAUGCCGAUCAGCUCUUCAACUCUGACUUCACCCCGAUCAGUAGUACACCUUGUUCAGACGGGAGACAGGUCUGAAAUGUUACUUUGUCCUAAUAUUUAUUUUGCGGUUGUUGAACACCUGUGAUAAUUGAUUUCAGCCCAAAACAUUGCAGUGACUACGUGAAGAAUUACAAAGUGUCCAACUUUGGCGGCAACAGUAGAAAUGACAAAAAAGAAAAGAACUGGGGAAGACAGCAAUCUAAGCAGUAAUUAUUGAAAGAACAUUUUAAACUUUAGUAAA